AUGGGGAAGAUGCUUCCCAACAUUAUCAAUUUAUCCCAAGUUGCUUUUGUUCCAGGACAGAUUAUUCAUAACCAUAUCAUGCUUGCCUAUGAACUUCUAAAGGGUUACACCAGAAAAGGAGGUACUCCUAGGGCUAUGAUCCAGCUUAAUUUACAGAAGGCCUGUGAUAUGAUGGAUUGGCAUGCACUGGAGACUGUUUUAAGGGAGAUGGGAAUACCUAGUAGAUUUACUAGUUGGAUUAUGAAAAUGGUAACUACUGCCACAUAUACCUUUAGUGUUAAUGGAGAGCCUACUGAUGUUAUGCAGGCCAAAAGACGUAUCAGGCAGGGGAGACUUAUAUCCCCCAUGCUCUUUGUGGUUGUGAUGGAAUAUCUUAUUAGUUUGUUGGCUAAAAUGCAAUUGGACCCGAAUUUUAAUUCCCAUGCAAAGUGUGAGAGACGAGGGAUCACACAUCUCACUUUUGCAGAUGAUAUUCUUCUAUUUUGUAGAGGAGAUGUUGUAUCAGUGGAAAUGCUCCUAAACACUGUCAAGAAUUUAUCUACGGCUACUAGCCUAAUUAUGAACCCAAGCAAAUGUAAUAUCUAUUUUGGGGGAACAGACAGGGAUGCAAGGAAUAAGAUGCAGGAAAUUACAAAUUUCAAAGAAGGCCAAUUACCAGUCAGAUACUUCGAUGUGCCUCUGACUUAUAAGAAGCUUCAUACUAAUCAUUAUCUACCUCUUAUUGACAGGAUUAUGACAAGAAUUCGAUACUAG